AAAGUGAUUUUGCCUUUUUAAAAUUCGUGUUUAAAAAAAUGUCGUCACAUCAACAACUCAUACUCGAUUUGAAAACUUCCCGCGAAUCAGCUGCCAAAGCAAUAAAUGAAAUUUAUUUCAAAUUAACAAAAUGCAAAGAAGACACAAAAAGUAAAAGUGGAAUUUCUUAUAAUGCUGUCCAUGCUAUAUGCAUGGCAAUUAAGGAUAAAGGAAACUUUCAUGAAAUCUAUGCCGAGGCCAUCAAAAAGUGGGUAUCUGAUAUUUCCGAUGCUCAUUGGAAUAUGUUUGUUGAACUCUUGCGAUUCAUACUUGGUGAUUUCUAUUCAAAGAAUCUCUUCGAACACUCUGUUUCAUUGGCUGCCUUGGUUACAGCUGAUCACAUAACCACGCCAGCUGAUGUGAAAUCUCACUUAAAACUUUUUUCCCGCCAUCUGUACUACACUCACACACAUCUCACACAGGACCAAAUAAAAGAAGUAUUCAAAAACAUUACCCAAAUCAUAAUCAAAUCCAAAGAUAUCCAAUACAAAGACUUAAUCGAUGAUUUCCUAACAAAUGUUUUAGCGAUGUUACAAACUAUAAUUGUCAAGCAUAUAGACAAAGCUGCUAAUUUAUUUGAAAAAUUUUUCUCAGCUUUAGUUGCACUCAAAAUCGAUUCCAACAAAUUGAAUGAAUCAUUCAUGCUACUCACAAAGUAUCUAAUUCAUUUUAUUUAUCUCGAUGUAACGGACAAGAACAGUGUGUUUUCUCAAAAUUUACUCAGAUCUUGCAAAGAUAAUCAAUCAUUUAAAGCUCAUAAAUUUCAAAGUUACGCUUUCAAUCUAUUUUACUAUUUUAUCAAACUUCUACUUUUCCCAAAUGCCCUUGAUUUCAAUAAGAAUUUCGUUGAAAUUAUUGAAAAAUUCUCAGUUUUCUAUGAUCGUUCUGAACUAAUGACUGAUCCUUGGUUUAUGGAUACAAUAGUAACAAUGGCACGAGUUAUGGACUCUUUCAAGGGACAGAAAGUACUACUCGAAUCCAUGGACGAGAACAGUCACAAAACAAUGUACACUCUUAUUGAGAAGUUGAUCAAACUUGCACAUGGAGUGAACUAUGAAUCCGGUCUUUGGACAUGUUGCAAUAGUGUUAGAAAGCACAUUAUCUUUAAACUAUGCAUUGCACAGAUGUCAAUGUUUGAGGUUGCUGUUGAGCAAGGAUACAAGAAACCUGAACUUGGAAUAAGUAUGGGGACAAUAUUAAAGCACACCAUUGCCGUUGCAGAGUGUUUUAAAUGUUCCACAGUUAAAUCCGAAAUUGGACAAAUUAUGAAAGUCUUGUCUCUUUGUGCUCAGAAUGUUAAAACCAAAGAACAUGCUGAACUUUUAGCUAAAAUGUUACUUCUACCAACAAGAAUUGUAGAUCAUCUUCCCGAAAAUAGUCCUAGAAUGCUAAUGAAAUGUUUGUUGGAUGUUCACAAAAUCAGUGGGAAUGUACAGGGUCAAACAGAGGCCUAUGCUUUGUAUAUAGCUAAUCUAAUGGAAUCCAAAAUGGAUACGGAAUUGAUUAGAAAAUACAUUGGAGCUUUCUACAGCUUAGACCCUUGCAUGUGUGUGAGUGAGACCUUAGAAGAAUCUGCAUUCCCUUUGAAACCAACACAUUUUAGUCGUCGUUUAUUGCAUUCAAUGGAAACUACAGUCUUUUUUAAAACAAGAGGCAGUAAUAUUCUUGUUAUUACUUCUCUUCUAAAAUCAUCAAAAAGUAUUCUUGACUUUGUUCUUGUAGCUCGUCAAUUCCCUCAAGUAAAUGUCAUUAAAAAAUUGGAAAGAAAAUAUGCUGAACUUAAAGCCAAGUCUACACUUUCCCCAUUGGAACACCUUGCUUUGGGUCAUAUUUGUAAAAUUCGUGCACUCCAGCAAAUCGAUGACUUGAAGAAUCUCAUACAUAUUACCAAAGUAAAUGAUGAAUCUUUGCCUGAAUUAUCGGAUGUUGAAAAGUUGAAAAAGAUUGAUGUGAUUGCUGAAAUGCAAAUUAUGAGAAUAGCUCUCGAAGCGAUUAAAGAAUUUGAAAAGUUCUUUGAGUUUUCAUCGCAGAGAGUAAUACCUGCCGAAGAAGAUUACUCAAUCGAUUGGGAGCCAAUUAUUGAUGAUGUCGCUUUGAUGGCCCGAUGGUUCCAUUUUCGUGGAUACGUAGAUUAUGCUUACAAAGCUUGGCGACUGCUUCUUCGAAUAACAAGUCAUGUCGAUGAUAUUCUGAAUCGAAUUAGAGCUUUGGGAUUCUUAUGUGAUGAAUGUCAGUUUAUUGAACUUUAUGAUCCAGAGUUUAAUAUUGAACAGAAAAUAAUAACAAUGGAAGCGGGAAUCUAUGAAUGUUUACUUAAUUUGGAAUUUCUAACUCCUCGUCGACAGAAUUAUGUUUUGAUUUGUCUUUGUAAUAUUGGAUGGUUUUUGGCAACCAAAGGUCAAUUCAAUGAAAGUCAAAUUCUUCUCGAUGUUGUUUGGGGAAAGCUAGACGAAUUAGUUGAAAGAAAGAAUAAAUUCGAAUUGGUUCGUGCUACCCAUUUGGCUAUUAGUUUUCGAAUUCAAUGGAAAUUACAAAAGGAAAUAUCAAAAAAGAAAGCUUUUGCUCAAGUGGAUAAGAUUUUAGAUGAGAUUAGAGCUGUUGUUUAUUAUACUUCGGAGGAUUCGUUGAAUUUUCCAAUUUUACUAUUUGCUGUUGUCAGUGAUAUUAGUGAAUUUAGUACUAAUCGAUUGUGUGAAGCGGAUACUUUACCUUAUGUUCAGAUGGUUUUGAAAUUGGCUUUGGAUACUGGAGCUGCAUUUCGGAUAGUUCAUUUUUUAAUUUUAUGGACACAUAUUAAUUUGCAAUCGGAAAAUGCUGCCAAAUGUCAGGCAAAAUUGGAUCUCAUUGACAUUUUAUAUCGAAACGAAAUGCCAUCCACUCCUGCACACCCAGGGAUCUCCAUAACAAACACUAAACAUGCUUUCAAUAUCAAUCAAGCUGACACUCGUCUGAUUUAUGAAGAAGAAGCUGUACGCAAAGCUGUUUACAUUAAUCCAAUAUCACCAGUACGAAUUAAAUACAAAGCUCCUUCAAUUCAUCGAGACUUGGAAUCCUUUCUUAUAUCUCAUGGUUCAUCGUGUACUUGUGAUAAAUGUUCUCAUGCAUUUCUAAGUUGGCAAAUAUUUAAAGUCGGCUGCCUCAAUGCAAGGCUUUUGUACCUUGGUGAUGUCUAUAGUGAAGCUAGAACAUUCUAUUCCAAAGCAAUAAAUUGGUGCAACACUAAGACACAUAAAAUGCAUACAAAAUUCCAUUUCAGAGAUUAUGAAUUUUCAAUGUUGAUUCAAUACAUAAAUCUCCUGCGUCGAACAAAGAAUUUUAGCGAAGCUAUCACCACAAGCGAUUGUUCUCUUAAAGUUUACAAUAAAUUCAAAAAUGCGCUAGAUGGAGCUUAUCAUAUUAAUUUAUCAUUACAAUUAGAAUCAACGAAAAUUGAGAUGAACAAAAAACCAAUCACACCAAAAUCGCCAAAAGCAAAAAGACUUCUUAAAUACAGUCCAGUCGAACUGAAAACUUCACCUGAAGAGUUGACUUUAACAGCAACAAAGAGGAGAGGAAGAGCCAAGAAAGAAUCACCACAAACACUAAAGGAGAACAUAGAAAAUAUCAUUUACAAAGAUCCUGCUGGAACAUCAUCUGCUUCUUCGCAAGCUUCAAGAGUAAAAAGUGCCAAACGUAAAGAAAAAUCACCAACAGAUGCAGAUGCUAUCGAUGAUAUAUGCAAGACUGUAGAAAAAGUUCAAAUAUCAGACGAAGUCAUACCAAAGAAGUCCUCAACACGCAGAAGAGGUGGUAAACAAAAUUUGAAUACGGCAAUUAUAAUAAUUGAUGACGAUGAUUCGCCGGUACCAACAACGAAACAGUGCACCAUUCCAAAGUCAGCAAGUAAAGUGGAGUGCACGCCUAAAACUCGAGGACGCCCUAAGAAAGCACCAGCCACUGUUGCUGUUGCAAAGUCAGGAGAUGCGGAAUCUCGAAGUAAAUUGCUAAGAAGGCGAAUUUGAUGAAAUAUGUUAGUCUUGUGAGGUUAUGUUUUUUUUUUUUUUUCUUUAUAGAAUAAUUUUUAGUAUUAUGUAUUUUUUUUAAACAUUUUACUUAUAGUUUUAAGUUUUUUUGUUCAUUGUAUUUUUAUAUUAUGGAUUAUUUAUGCGAUUUAAAAUAAAAAUAAAAUAAAU